ACCUUUUUUUGGCAAUUCAUUUAUAACUUUGUUUGCUAAACUUAAGUAGGAUAUUCCCCUCUCUUGGAGUCUCUCUUAGGCUGUGGUAUGAAACCAGCAAAAUGAGUCGCACGGCUAUGAUGUAUAUAGAAAUUAGUUGUUUUUUGUCUUGCUUUUGUGGCUGGAUCCUGAUCUGUUCUACUCUGCCUACUGAGUACUGGAAUUUCUCUGAGGUAGGUGAGACAGUACUCACCACGGUCAACUACUAUUCCAACCUAUGGAUGGAUUGUAUAUCUGACACCACUGGUGUUUCUGACUGCAAGUACUAUCCUUCUAUGAUGGCCCUUCCAGUUUUCUUGCAUGUCUGCCGUGCCCUGGCCAUUGUUUCUGUAAUUCUGGGAUUUUGGGGGGCUUUGCUUACCUUGAUUGGAAUGAAGUGCACCAAGAUUGGGGGUUCUGAACUUGUUAAUGCAAGAGUAACAUUAGCAGCUGCCUUUAUCUAUAUGCUAUCAGGACUCAGUGGUAUGGCAGUUUACUCCAUGUGGGGAAACAGAAUGCGGGCAGAAUUUGUGGAUAUAAACUAUAAACCACAGAAAUUUGAACUUGGUGCAGCAUUAUUUAUAGGUUGGGGAGGUUCCAGUUUGGUUAUAUGUGGAGGUGCAGUUUUGUGUUAUUUCUCUGGGAGAGAGGGAUUCAGCUCAGGAUCAAAUAACACACUACUUGGGGCAGAAGCUUACACAAGAGCUCAAUCAAGAGGGACCUAUGUGACAGCUCGAACCAGAAGGGCCCAUAUGUUGCCUGCCUACUCCAAGCCCACUACAACAAUCAUGACCCGCUUCUAUUCAGGCAGAGAGAGUAAGGGAAACAGAAGGACACAAAGGACAUACAGAGCCUGCAAGACAGCAGCCCCUAUGCUCAACAUGGAUUCAUAUGUGUGACUUCCAUGCUGUGGAAACAGUAUAUUGAGUGGAUCUGGCUUAGGUGCUUAAAUCUGUGAUGCAUUCAUAGAAAAACUCAUCAAGAACAGAUCAAGGAAACUAUAACCUGGGAUGAAAUUUAAUGAUGUGAAGUUAUAGUACACUAAAAAAAAGGAUAAAAGCAUGCAUCAUUCUUUGAAAAGUUAAUCAGCCCAUUCAAAAUAAACAAAAGCCCUUCAGGUACCUUCUGAUAGAUAAAUAGACAAACUUUUUAGCAUUUACAAAAAUGUAUUUAAUUUAAUAAUAGAUGUGCUUUAAUUGUACUACUUACAGCAUAUGUAAGAUACAGAAUAUUUAAAUCUCUCUCCUUAAAGGGAGAGCUCUCUCUUUUUCCUUGGCCUAAUAUCACUUUUAGUUACCCUUACAAGACUUCUUCAAAUUUCUGUUAAUC